AUGUUGAUAUAAAAACUGAAGCUAAUGAUAUCAAAGUAGAGGCUAGUGAUAUAAAAAUUGUAGCUAAUGAUAUCAAAGUAGAGGCUAGUGAUAUAAAAACUGUAGCUAAUGAUAUAAAAGUAGAGGCUAGUGAUAUAAAAACAGAGGUUAGUGAUAUCAAAAAGGAGACUAGUUAUAUAAAAACUGAAUCAUGUGACCAAGGUGAUAUCAGCAAUGCUGUGGAUGAUGACAUAGAACAAUUAACAUCCGAACACAAUGACGGAGAAUAUGAUGAGAUUAAUGAAAAUAACACAGAUAAAAAUAUAGAUAAAAUGAAUUCUUAUAGUCAACUUGGUCAAGACUUAUCUCAAAAUGUAAUUGAUGGACAGAAGCCAAGGUUAAGUGAAAGUUCUAGUGAUGGUAUGAUGUCAAAUAGUCCAUCUGUGAGAUCACGGUUGACUUCAGCUGAUGAUACUGAUUCUACUAUCAAGCCAGGUAACCAAAAGGAUUCUGAUAGUUCUGACAGCAAGAGCAUAGAAACCCUGGAUUAUACAAGUAGUGAAGAUAAAAGUAUAGAAACAAUAGAUAGCGAAGAUGACAGACCAAACGGAGGUAAUUCAGAUGUAACAAAUCGUCCUGAAAGUUUGAUACUUACUGGUAAUAGACCAGCGAACCAUGAAAAGAGGCGGAGUCGUAGUGAUGAUCAUAAGAAGAUUGACACAACCAGGACUAUGAGUAGUAGCACUGCAGUUGAUAUUCCAUUAAGAAGAGACUCUGAGUUUGAGAACAUUGAAGAAACCAUGUUGUCAAAAAGUAUGCCUCAAGGUACAGUGACGAGGAAGGGUGAUAUGAUAGAGUUUGUUGCUGAUGACUUACAAGAAAUGAUAAAGAGAAGUAGUCCUCUCACUCAGACAGCAUCAAGUGCAACAAGUAGCAGACGAUCCAGUCUAAGAAGUUAUUCUAGUGUAUCCAGUUCAACAUCUUCUGCCAUAGGUACAGCAUCAGGAGUGUCUCGAUCACCAAGUAGUCUGUUUCAACAGAGUCCUGAUGAUAUCCCACCAAUUGACCCUCAAGCAAUUCAUGACCUUGAAAUGCAUGCACUGAAGGUUGCUGACAAUCUUGACCUUUUAAUGGGAAACUUGAAAACAAACUUGCACAAGAUGUCAGCAAUAACAGUGGGAUGUUUGAGUGCAUAUAAAACAUCAGUAGAUACAACCUGUGAUUCUGUUGAUGGAAGUAUUAAGUCUAUGUAUGCUUUAAUGGCAAAAUGUGAGGAACUGAGUAACAGUAUGAAACCAGUCAACAAACUAGCAGAACAAAUCAAGGAAAUCAAAAGACUGUUAGACAGAUUUGAAAUGCAGAUAGCAGACAAACCAUGAACUGAGAGUUACAUGUGGAUAUUUUUAUUAAUAUUUGCCAUGUUGUUGCCAGAUAAUAAUUUCAAAGUGCCAGCAAUGUUAAUGCCACCAUUACAAUUGUUCCCUUUUCUAUCCAACCAAAGUUCAAAUAUUUUUCAUCCACAGCAUUCAAAAACUUUCAUACCAGUAGUAAUUAUAUUUGUAUGCUGUAUUCCAGAAAAUUAUCAUAUUUGGUAUGAUUGCCAAUUGAACUAUUAUCUACCAGAUUUUAAAUUAUGUCAAUUUCAAAGCAACUGCCUUUAUCUAAAAAUAUUGAUUUGAGGCUUUGUUUUGAAUAGUGACACUAGCAUAUUAAGGAUAAAUAUUUGUUCAGCAGUUCUCUCUUGGUCACAUCUAACGGUAAUUUUAAAUACAAAGAGAUGGGUGAUAUGUAUUCUUUUGACACAUUGGUAGAAAUAUUGGGUUUACAUAUAUUAAGAAAUAAACAUUUGAAUAAUUAUAAUUUGAAAUGAAAUGAAGUUGAAAUACAAUUGAAAGGUUGAAAGAUUCAAUCAGCUUUGAUUCUUAAUUACAAUAAUAUUUUUAACGGGUUAGUGCAAUACGUCACAAAAUAAUUACUGUUAAUGUGUUGUAAUAUGUAUGAUCAUGUAUCUGUUAAUUGUUUACAAAUUAUAUAGUGUUGUAGUAUGUGUCUGUUGAUUGUUAAUAAAUUAUAUUACAUUCCA